AUGGACAACGGCAAAGUGACGGUCCAGGUGAUUUCGCACUGCGCUGCCGACAACCCAUCCGUCGAGGUCUGCCAAGCUGGCAACGAUAAGCUGGCAGACGAGAUCCGCAAGUCGGAGGAGACCAGAAUGCGGUUUGCCGGAUUCGCAGUCCUACCAAUGGCACACCCCGAAGCUGCGGCGGCUGAGCUGGAGAGGACGGUCAAGAAGCACGGCUUCGUCGGGGCACUCGUGGACCACAAGGCCGGCGACAAGUUCUGCGACGGCAACGAUUACGACAUCCUCUGGCAGAAGCUGCAGGAGCUGGACGUCCCGAUCUACCUCCACCCUUCGUGGCCCACACCACACUUCUUCCAGCGGUCCUACGCUGGAAACUACCCGCCUCGAGCAAUGACAGUUGUUGGAGGUGCCAUGUGGGGAUGGCACAGCGAGGUCGGUCUCCAUGUGCUUCGGCUGCAUGCCGCAGGGAUGUUUGACAAGUUCCCCAAGCUCAAGAUCAUCCUGGGCCACUUUGGAGAGAUGAUACCCUUUAUGCUACAGAGGAUCAUAGAUCAAGAGUCCGUCAUGGGCAAGCGGAAUCGACCUUUCAGUGAGGUGUGGAACGAGAACAUCUGGAUCACCAUGUCGGGCACAUUCAGCAUCGACCCGAUGCGCUGUAUCCUUGCCAACACAAAAGUCGAACGGAUCAUGUAUAGUGUUGAUUACCCCUUCACAACCAAUGAACACGGCCUCGAAUUCUUCCAAGACCUCACCAAGAGCGGGCUGCUGACUGAGGAGGAACUCGAGCUCGUUGCGUAUAAAAACGCAGAGAACCUCUUGAGGAUCAAAGUGCCAGAUUUGAAGCAGGUGAACAGCUCGACGAAGAGCUAA